GGCGAUGCUGACCACUUAUUACUUGGCUUGGCUUUGGUGCGGGCUGUGGAGGUUGUGUGGAGGAGGAGGAGGAGGAGGAGGAGGAAGAGGGCUCCCGCACCCAUGUGCUUUCUGGUCCAUGAUCCAUCCUCUGAUCUUGUUCUUGUUCCCGUCUCUGCUCUCUUGUUCUUCCCUCUCUCGACCUCCAUCAUCUCUCCCAGAGGAACGAGUCCAUGACAAGACUCACUGAGACACACAGAAAAGCUCCCCUUACCCUCCGAUGGUCCCCUACCCACCCCCUUCUCGUUCACGCCCCUCCCUUCCCUUGCCCGCAGAACCCGUUACCGUCUCCCCCCUCCCCUACAGCCCUGCAUCUGGUUUUUGCACUCAUCCCACUGGCCGCCCCAUCGAUCCAUCCGUCCAUUUGAGAUCCUCUCAGCCAAGGUAGCUUAGCUUGAAUCCAGCUCUGCUGCUCCAGCCGAAGUACACAGGUUGAAGGCAGAGAAUGAAAGAAUUGGUCCCGCUAAUAGUUUCCUUUCCUGAUUAUUGUCUGCCUCCCACGACUGGCUCACAGGUUCACACGAGAAUGCAGA